UAAGAGAAAUACUCCCAAGCAAAAAGCGUUAGGAUAAGUUUUUAUAUUCUUCCGCGUGAAUUACUUUCUUUACUGGGAUGACAAGUAAACAGUCACAACGGUUGGAAGGUUGGACAUUUGAAAUAUAUAAAAGCAAGCAAGGUUUAUAGGAGGGAACGUAUCUGCUCAUGUUUGUGUUCGAUGCUUACUUCUAGUAACACAAUGACAAGAUAAAAUCCUGCACUAUUUUCACUAGCGUAGGAGUUUCUUCCACCUCUACACACAUGCCGACCUCACGGCUGACGGGUGUCAGCACAAGGAAGGAAAUACCCGUGUUUAUCGCAAAAUUUCGUUGCGACCGGAUGUGGAAUUUUUAUCUCUACUAACAAGAAAUGUAAAAUAAAACAUGUCAUGUCCAUACUGCAUAUAUGGGAUUUGAUGAGUCGAUGCCUCUUUCUGUUUCUAUGUUUUCCCAUUCGUGGAAGAAACAAAACUAUUACUGCUUAGACACUUUAUUGACAAAAGGUAACCCCCUGAAUAAGAACAUCUUUUUCUAAAAACAAUAUAAGAUCUGUAUGUUUUUAGUGUAGUCGUAAAGAUUGACACUUCCAAGUCAAACAGCGUAGGACAUGUUUUAAUUUGUUUGGCGUUAAUUGCUUUGUUUACCGGGAAGACUAGUAAAUAUUCACAACAUUUGGCAGUUUGGACAUUUGACAGAAAUAAACGUCAAGGAAGAAACCUAUGUGUUCAUGUUUGUGUUCAAUGCUUACUUCUAACACCAUGACAUGAUAAAAUCACGCACUAUCUUGAAUAGCGCAGGGGCUUUUUGCACCUCGUGUACCUGCCAAUUGUCACGUGAUGACCUGAAGGCAACGGGAUCAUAGAAUAAGGAAGUCAACACCUCUCGUGUGUCGCAAAAUAUCGGUGAGGCUAACGUUUGUUUGAUUACGAGAUUACAGUAUUCAGCUCAGUCCACAGCAAGUGAUCUGGUCUAGUGAGGAGUACCACACACUGGUUGUUGUUUGCAAGUUAUUCUAAACCUCGGAGAUAAGCAGCUAACCAUUUAUGUGAUGGAGGCGAAGUUUUUGAUAUUUUACAGUCUUAUUCUUCUCGAGCGAAAAGUAUAUUCAGCAAUCAACAUUGAAGAAUGUCCAACUGGAAUGCUAAAUGUGACGGAGGACGAUGAGCUCAGCCUUACGUGUGGUCCUUCUUACAGUGAGAUAGAGUGGUUUUAUUCUAGAAACAGCACCUUGGGGGACUACAUCGGCUACUGCAGUGGAACAUAUUGCCAUUCCACACAGACAAAUAAGUUCAGAAUACACGCCAACUGGGCUUCGUGGCCUUCACGGUUGUACAAAAGCACUUUAGACAUCACUAAUGUCACGAGGGAGGAAGCUCGUUUUUUCCAUUGUAAAGAUUCUGACUUGAUGUAUACGUGUAGACUUCGGGUAACAGUACCUGCUAAUCUGGUUUCCGAAAACUGCAAUUUGGAGAUAUCAAACUGGAAAGUGCAAGGAACAUGCCAGGUUGCAAGGAUGUACUCGUCAGAUUCCAUCUACAAAUGCACGUGGAGCGUAAAUGAUGCCGAGCUACCCUCUGGUUUUGAAGAACCCCUUACUAAUUGGACUGACAGGUAUACAAGCUAUUUGAAUAGAACCUACAUGAGAGGAAACUGCUCUUUUAAUCAGGAUAUGCCUUCUGUGAGGUACAGCUACACCUACAAAAUCAGUGUUGAUCCUGGUCUUCAAAACUUCAUUGUAAAGACGAUUAACAUAGAGCCUCCUAAGAAGCCUGAGAUCAACUGUUCAGAAACUGUUCAGGAGGGAUCGACUGUCGUCUGUAUGUGCACCUCCCAAUACAAAGGAAAUCCACCUGCGAAAUUUGCUUGGGAUGGAAUAGAUACUGAUAGACUACUUCUUCGCAAUGUCAGCCGACAACAAAACUGCACUAAAUAUACAUGUCGACAGACUUGGGGUCCUUACGGAUUUAUCAACACUACAGUUAACUACACCUUAACAGUAGCAUGUACAGAAGACAGCAUCAGGCAGACAGAUAAACAGAACACAAAAGCAAAGGACUCGUCAUCGUCGGGCAGCAUUAACGGAGGACUAAUUGGUGGCAUUGUUGCAGCUGUAGUUUUUGCAAUUAUUAUCGGAGCUAUCAUCGUUAUCUUCAUAGUCAAGCGGCGGAAAGAUCCAAUGUACGAGACAGCUAGAAGACCAGAUAACAACGAACAUAAUUAUGAAGACCUUACUCAGAACAAAUGUGAAGCUCGCCAGCCAACAGGUGCAAGCUACAAAGAGGUUACAAGACCAAACACUGAUGGACAUAUGUAAGGAGAAGUUAUUCUUAAAGAUCAGAAUGCCUCGCAAACUACAGGUGCAGUCUUUGUUAUACCAAGGACACCAAGGACUGCUCGCAUUUCCAAAAAAGACUUGUUUAAAGCCUACAGAAAAGAGAGAAACAAGAACAAAAAGAUAAGCUGAUGUUUAAGGUUCACAUUCCACAAGAACAGGUGUGUUGUUUAGCAUCUCGCCAGACCACAGCCCACCUUCUUCUACCACGCUUGCUGUGAUCAUCUAUUAACAAUAAAAGACAACUAAAACAGUUAAAAACUCAGUUAUGUGUAUUCAUUCGAGUCGUAGCACGGCACAAUAUCUUAUUGUAGAGGGCUUAAUCAUAGAAACAAGCAAAUUCUUAUUUCAUUUAAAAUUUAAAAGCAUAAAGCCGCACUUACAAGGAAGCAAAUACAAACCCUUUAUAGAUGGUCUCCACUGCUAUGUGCUACAAACCUGUCCGGUUUAUCUCUAUUUUUCGUCUUUCUUUUUUAAUUUGUCUUUUAUUUAUAGCCGAACUGAUUCGCUUUCUUGCAACUCCUAAUUAAAAUUUUCAACUUCAAUUCUAGCUCCUACUCCUCGAGUGAGGAAACAUACCUCGAGUUCUUUUUUAUUUGCAUCUACCUCACACCCGCACUUAGCCGACCUGGGAGUCCCUAAAGUGUCCUGAUUUUUUUUUUUUUUUGUUGCUAGUUGCAUUGCUCGCUUCUCUUUCUCUCGUCCUGUCGUUUAUGAUGUGUGCCCCAGGUAGGACUAGGAAAACAGUCGAGUACUGGAUGAGCAUUUUACUUCCUUGUAGAUGUCGACAACACUAUGUCACCUGAUCCUGUUAUCCGCACACCUUUCGCCUCUCUCUCUCUUUAUUUUAAACUUCCUCCUUUCAUCUCUUUCUCUCUUUGUCUUAGGGAGAAAUUAUUUCAACAUUUAUAGGUAUAUUUGUAAUGCUAGACGAUUGCAAUCUGAAAACUGCCCUGAUGGACAAAUAAAGUUGUAUUGUACCUAUUUAAAAAUAUAUUUUUCGAAGUAAAAUAAAUUAUUCAUUAACAUUUUCUAUGUGAAAUAAACUCUAUAAUAAAUGUGUGCAUGUUUGUGUGUAUGCUUGCGUUCUCCAACGUUGUGUGUGUGGGUGAGGCAUGGCUUACGUUUAACGGUAUAAGAAGGGAGGAAGAAAGAAGGAAAAGAGAGGAAAGAGAGACUGAGAGGUUUCCUUAAGAUAAGCAGUUCAACUCACAGCAGACGACGUGUACAGGUGAAGUCAGACACAAGCAGGUGACACACUGUUUGUUCACUGGGCUGUCACACCUACACACUGGCGGAAUGACUAGACAGCAACAAUGUCAACACCUAGAACAGUAUUUGAACCACUUGUUCGACAUACCAAGGGAUUCAUUUUAUAUUAAUUCUCCUGCUGUUUGUCUUACUCCUUUCGUUUUAUCCCUCUUUUAUGUCUUCUUAUCUUCUAAUUACUUUGGUAGCCUAUAAAUGACAUGUUGAAUUUCAGUCGACGGAUGAGAACUUAGAAAGUCUUUAUUGUACAGCCUUCUGUCUGCUCACACACAAAAAACAAACAAACAAAAAGAAAGAGGUCACACACAUUACAGACAUUCCAUCGGGUCUAUAAUUUCUUUAACGUCUUCUCAAACAAAAACAACAAAAAAAAAAAUGUGGUGCAUUAAGACUUAAGCCCUAAAGAAAAAUGCACUAUAAUUAUCAACCUUACCCACCCCACACACUGCGAUAUUACAGACCAGUUGUGUGACCUACAUGUCUUACAAUGUCGGGUGGGCCAGUGACGGUUACUGUUUACGUCCUCUGAC